GUGUUUGGUUGGGCCUUUGGGUAUUGACCGUAAAUAACGCGAGUCUGAUUGCUUCGUGACAGAUUCGAUGCAGAUCUGUCUGCAAAAUAAAGUACCCCCUUUUCUUCUCAGAUUCCUCUUUUUCAAUUCAACUUUUUGGAAAAAAGGAAAAUAAAGAUUGCUUAGAAAUGCAUCUGUGGCCAUCCCAACGAAUUAGGGACUCCUUUAAGGAAUCGCAUCUCUCGAAGAUGGAGUGGAAUCUCAGUCGAAUGAAGCAAUCCCGAGCUUCCUCCUCUUCCUACAACGCCGCCGCCGAUCAAAAUCUAAAGCUCCCGCUUCUUUCUUCUUCUGAUUCACGAAAAGGCAGCGAUGACCCCAAUAAGAAGGCGGCGGCGGCGGCGGAGGAGAAUUCGGACCUCCUCCCUUCGACGAAGAUCACAGCGCUUCUGGAUCUCUCACAAGACCUAGUUCUCAUUCUCACGUGCUGCGUCUGCUGCCUCUGCUUCGGAGGUGGAGGGCAGCGCACAAAGCUGGUUUCACACAACAGAUCAUCUCCACAAUUCAGACUAAACCAAUUUCGACAAGUGCUGAUCCAAUCAACACCGCUGAGUGACAAUCUCGCUCAAAUUGGAGCUUCAUUUCUCAACUCUCAAGAAUCAGUUGCAGCAUCUCGGGAUGAGGAAGAGCAAUAACCUGUGAAAUAUAGAUUUCUCAUCCUAUAUGGUUGAUUGUGCAUGAAUGUGAGGAUGAGUAGGCCAUCUUCGAAAUCCUAUUGUUCAGUUCUUUUAUCAUGACAAAUUGUGCAUUGCCAGCCUUAGGAUAAUGAAUUGCAUUUGUUAUAGGUAGAAAGGAGAUACAAAAUUGUUCUCACUUAAUCUGCCUUUGUAUGUUUCUGUGAAUGAUUUCUGUGAUCACUGUGGUUUUGAACAAUUUUAUUGGACUCCAUAAA